UUGCAGAUAGAGAAUUAAGAGCAUGGUAUUCUAUGUUAAAAGCUGCAGGAUGUACCAAUAUCAUAUCAUUUAAUACUCAUGAAUCUAAGACAGGAUUUUUACGAAGUAUACCAUUUACAACGUUCAAUGCUAUUGAAACUUUUUGGGACUGUUUUAGUCAAAGUUUAAAUAAUAAUCCAAUAGGUUCAAAUAGAAAAAGAAGAAUUUUAUCAAUUAUUGCUGAUAGUUUUUUAUAUGAAGAACUUCAAUCUAGACUAUAU